AUGAAUCAUCUGUCGUUCUUUAGAAGCUGGGUGGCCUUUACUUUCAUAAUUAUACGACAGCAAGCUCAGGCCAUGGCAAUUUUGUAUCCGUUCUGGCCCAACGACACCAAAACUCCCAAAGUGGAUGAUGGCAGUUCCACAGAGAUCAAGCUUUCCUUCCCAUUCAUCUUCUUCGGAGUCCCAUACAGGACCAUUUUUGUCAACAACAAUGGUGUCGUUUCCUUUAAUGUGCUGGUCAGCCAGUUCACGCCAGAAUCUUUCCCCCUGGCUGACGGCCGGGCUUUCAUUGCCCCUUUCUGGGCUGAUGUCCAUAACGGCAUCCGAGGUGAAAUCUAUUACCGAGAGAGCGCAGAUCCUACUCUCCUAAAGAAAGUUUCCAAAGAUAUCCAGAAAUAUUUCAAGAACCUGCCGUCCUUCUCUGCUGUGGCGGUUUUUAUUGCUACCUGGGAAGAGGUAACCUUCUACGGAGGCAGCAGCACAACCCCGGUGAACACCUUCCAGGCUCUCCUGAUCUCAGAUGGAACAUCCUCAUUUGCCAUGUUCAACUAUGAGGAAAUCAACUGGACCACUGGCACUGCAAGUGGAGGAGAUCCUCUGACAGGCCUUGGUGGUGUGAUGGCGCAGGCUGGCUUCAACGGUGGAAAUAGCACCAACUUCUUUAGCAUACCUGGUUCUAGAACCCCAGCUAUAGUCAACAUAGAAGACACAACCAAUGUCAAUGUGCCGGGCCGCUGGGUGUUCAAAAUUGAUGGGAGAGAAAUAGAUCCAGCCAAUGGGUGCAGUUUUAGAGGCCAGUUUCUCCGUCAGGGAGAGAUAUUCUGGGAAAGCACAAACUGCUCCACCAAGUGUCGUUGCCUGGAUUUCAACAAUGAGAUAUUCUGCCAGGAAGCGUCCUGUGGCCCCUACGAACUAUGUGAGCCAAAGGAUAAGUUCUACCAGUGUGUGCCAGUGGAAAGCAGCACUUGUGUCGUGUUUGGGGAUCCCCAUUACCACACUUUCGAUGGCUUCCUCUUCCACUUCCAGGGGUCCUGCUCCUACCUCCUUGCCAGGCAGUGCUGGCCGGGAUCCAGCCUCCCUUUCUUCAGUGUGGAAGCCAAGAAUGAGAAUCGAGGCGCCUCUUCUGUUUCCUGGCUGAAGGAUAUCUCCAUUGAAGUUUAUUCGCACAAGAUUAUCAUCCCCAAGGGCAGUUUCGGGAAAAUUAUGAUAGAUGACUUGGUCAUGUCUCUCCCUGUCUUCCUGGAAUUGGGAGCAAUAAAAAUCUAUCAGAGUGGUUUGUCGACAGCAGUAGAAACCGACUUUGGCCUUUUAGUGACCUACGAUGGAGAUCAUUAUGCUGCUAUUUCUGUCCCAGGCUCCUAUAUCAAUGCCACGUGUGGACUCUGUGGGAACUAUAACAAGAAUCCUGAGGACGAUGCGAUGCGCUCCGAUGGGAAACAAGCCACAUCAGUGCUGGAUCUGGGGGAGAGCUGGCGAGUCUAUCACCCCGAAUGGAAAUGUUCUCCAGGCUGCUUAGACAACUGCAGCCUUUGCGAUGCAGCAAUGGAGUCUCUCUAUUUUGGCUCUGAGCACUGUGGCUUUAUCAACAAAACUGAAGGCCCCCUGUGGGAAUGUGGUGCCGUCGUUGACCCCACAGCAUUUGUCCACAGCUGCGUUUAUGACUUGUGUAGCAUCCGAGAUAAUGGUACGGGAGGCCUCUGCCAAGGUAUUCAAGCUUACGCCUUGGUUUGCCAAGCCCUUGGGAUCCCCAUCGGAGACUGGAGAGUGCAGGCAGGAUGUGCUACCACUGUGCAGUGUCCGGAAUUCAGCCACUACGCUAUAUGUACCAGCAGCUGCCCGGCCACCUGCUCUGACCUCACUGCCCCCUUGGCCUGCACCUCCCCUUGCACCGAGGGCUGCGAGUGUAACGAGGGCUAUGUUUUCAGCACGGAUCUGUGUGUUCCAUUCCACCAGUGUGGCUGUGAUGUGGAUGGCCGGUACCAUGCCAUAGGGGAAUCGUUCUGGGCCACUGUGGACUGCACGAUGCAGUGCUGGUGCGAGGACGGGGGCGAGGUCACCUGCUUCAACUCCACCUGCCAAGAGGGAGAAGUGUGUGCUGUGGAAAAUGGCUACCAAGGCUGCUAUCCCAAGCGGGAGACUUUGUGUCUGGUAUCUCAGGAUCAGGUGCUGCAGACGUUCGACGGUGCUGCGUUCGUUUACCCCCCGGACAACUCCUACACACUGGUCAAAACCUGCCCAGACAGAACCAGCUUUCUGGAAGUGGACAUCAGCAAAAAGAAGCCAGAAUCAAGCCCUGACUGGCUUCGGAGCCUGAGAAUCCAGAUUGCCAGCCAGGAGGUCAAGAUAAGUGGCAUAGACAACUCUGAGAUCAAGGUGAAUGGAUAUGAAAUGGAGCUUCCAUAUUUCCAUCCUUCUGGCCAACUGGAAAUCUACCGGAGCAAAAAUGGAACCGUUGUUGAGUCGGAAGGGCUCAUCCAUAUCCUGUACUUGGACUCCGGCAUGUUGCAGAUACGCCUGUCUACUAUCUAUUUCAACUGCACUGGGGGACUCUGCGGCUAUUUCAAUGGGAACAGCAGUGACGAAUUCUGCUUCCCUAAUGGGAAAUGCACAGACAACCUGGUAGUUUUUCUGGACAGCUGGACAACCUUCAAUGAGAUUUGCAAUGGGGAGUGCGGCGACCUGCUCAAGGCCUGCAACAAUGAUUCAGAGUUACUGAAGGACUACCGGAGCCGCUCAAAAUGUGGCAUCAUCAAUGAUCCCACCAACAGCUCUUUCCUGGAGUGCCACUCGGUGGUGAACGUGUCCGCCUACUACCGGACUUGCCUCUUCCGCUUGUGCCAGAGUGGAGGAAACCAGUCGGAGCUCUGUGACUCCGUGGCUCGUUAUGCCAGUGCCUGUAAGAACGCAGAAGUGGAUGUUGGCCCAUGGAGAAGCUUCAACUUUUGCCCUCUCACCUGCCCUGAGAACAGCCACUUUGAGGAGUGCAUGUCCUGUUCGGAGUCCUGCGAAAGCCUGGGGACAGGGCCUGUGUGCAUAGACAGGUGCACAGAGGGCUGCCAGUGUGACGACGGCUUUGCCCUCCGUGGCACCCGCUGCAUUCCCAGGAGCGAAUGUGGCUGCAGCUUUGAGGGUCACCAGCUCUUCACCAACCAGUCCUUCUGGAUGGAUAUCGACUGCCAGUACUUCUGCUACUGCAACGGCUCUGACAACAGCGUCCACUGUGAGAACAGCCCCUGUAAAGAGGAUGAGUACUGCCUGGAGGAGAGUGGCCUCUAUUACUGCCAAGCCCGCACCGAUGCCUCUUGCAUCAUCUCUGGCUAUGGCCAUUACUUGACCUUCGAUGGGUUUGCUUUUGAUUUCCAGAGCAGCUGCCCCUUGGUCCUUUGCACAACCAUAUCCCGGCUGAGGUCUGAGAGGUCAGACAUGUUCCCCGAGUUUACGGUCACUGCCAAGAAUGAGGAUCGGGACCCUUCUCUGGCCUUGUGGGUGAAGCAGGUGGAAGUAGCAGUCUUCAGUUACAACAUUGUCAUCUACCGAGCCUACAAACACACCGUGCUGAUUAACAACGAACGUCUUUACCUGCCCUUAAAGCUGGGCCAAGGGAAAGUGAACAUCUUUGCUUUUGGCUUCCACAUUGUUGUGGAGACCGACUUUGGACUGAAGGUGGUGUAUGACUGGAAGACCUUUCUUUCUGUCACCGUUCCACGGAGCCUUCAGAACAACACCUACGGUCUCUGUGGGAGAUAUAACGGGAACCCCUACGAUGACCUCCAGACCUCUGGUGGCCUUGUAGUCUCCAGCAUUAAUGAGUUUGGCCACAGCUGGGCCAAGAGGGACCCCUUCUGUCAGGUAGGCUGCGGUGACCGAUGCCCAGCCUGCCGUAAGGUGGAAGGCUUCUGGAAGCCCCAACAGCUGUGCAGUUUGAUCCCCAGCAAGAGUGGCGUCUUCUCCAGGUGCCACAGUAAGGUCAACCCCGCCUUCUUCUACAAGAACUGCUUGUUUGACACCUGCAUUGAUGGUGGAGCUGUGCAAACCGCUUGCAGCUGGCUGCAGAAUUAUGCUAGCACCUGCCAAACCCAGGGGAUUGCUGUGACUGGCUGGAGGAACUUCACCUUGUGCUUGGUCAGCUGCCCUCCGAAUAGCCACUACGAGAGUUGUGUGAGCGUCUGCCAGCCACGCUGUGCUGCCAUCCGCCUGAAAAGUGACUGCAACCAUUACUGCGUAGAAGGAUGCCAGUGCGAUCCAGGCUAUGUCCUCAAUGGCAAGAGCUGCAUCCUUCCUCACAACUGCGGCUGCUAUUCUGAUGGCAAAUAUUACGAGCCCAAGCAGCUCUUCUGGAACAGUGACUGCACCCGCCGCUGCCGCUGUUUCCGCCGCAACCUCAUUCAGUGCGAUCCACGGCAGUGCAAGUCAGACGAGGAGUGUGCACUCCGGAAUGGAGUCCGCGGCUGCUUUAGCAUGAAGAGUUCCUACUGCAUUGCCGCGGGUGGAGGGGUGUUCCGCACCUUUGAUGGCGCCUUCCUCCGCUUCCCUGCCAACUGUGCCUUUGUCCUGUCCACCAUCUGCCAGAAACUCCCUGAUGUUUCCUUCCAGCUCAUCAUCAAUUUUGAUAAGUGGUCUUCCCCAAACCUGACUGUCAUCUCGCCUGUUUACUUCUAUAUUAAUGAGGAGCAGAUUCUUAUCAAUGAUCGUAAUACCGUCAAGGUGAAUGGGACACGAGUGAAUGUCCCUUUUGUGACUGGUUUGUCAACCAAAAUCUACAGCAUGGAGGGUUUCCUAGUCAUUGACACGAGUCCAGAUAUCCAGAUCCACUACAACGGCUUCAAUGUCAUCAAAAUUGCCAUCAGUGAACGCCUGCAAAAUAAAGUCUGUGGCCUUUGUGGGAAUUUCAAUGGAGAUCGCACAGAUGAUUACGUCACCCUGCGAGGGAAGCCAGUUGUGAGCAGUGUGUUCCUGGCACAGAGUUGGAAAACCAAUGGCAUGCAGAAGAGGGUUCUGCAGUCUUGUCAUUUUUGCCUUUCCAGCUGCAAUGAGCUCCAGUACUCUCAGUAUGCCGCUACCUGCGACAACGUGCAGAUUCAGGUCCUGCAGGGCGACAGCUACUGUCUCAAACUUACUGACAUGAAAGGCUUCUUCCAGCCUUGUUACGGCCUGCUGGACCCAGUUCCCUUCUACGAAUCAUGUUUCCUUGACGGCUGCUACAACCAGAAGAAGUACCAGCUUUGUGGCUCUCUGGCAGCCUAUGGGGAGGCCUGCCGUUCCUUUGGAAUUCUCAGCACGGAGUGGAUUGAAAAGGAAAAUUGCUCAGGAGUGGUUGAAGAUCCCUGUGUGGGGGCGGAUUGUCCCAACAGAACUUGUGAGGUGGACAACGGAGGAGAGCUCUGUGGCUGCAUUGAACCUCCGCCCUAUGGAAACAACACACAUGACAUCCUGGAUGCUGAGGUGACCUGCAAAGCUGCUCAGAUGGAGGUGUCCAUCUCAAAGUGCAAGCUGUUUCAGCUGGGCUUUGAAAGAGAAGGGGUGCGCAUCAAUGACCGUCACUGUCCCGGCAUUGAAGGAGAAGAUUUCAUCUCUUUUCAGAUCAAUAACACCAAGGGCAACUGUGGAAACUUAGUGCAGUCCAACAGCACCCACAUCAUGUACAAAAACACAGUCUGGAUUGAAAGUGCAAACAACACGGGAAACGUAAUCACCCGGGACCGAACCAUCAAUGUUGAAUUCUCCUGCGCUUAUGAGCUUGACAUCAAAAUUUCUUUGGAUUCUGUUGUGAGGCCCAUGCUCAGUGUGAUUAACCUGACAGUGCCUACACAAGAAGGGAGUUUUACGACCAAGAUGGCGCUGUACAAAAACUCCUCCUACAAGCAUCCCUACCGGCAGGGAGAAGUGGUGCUGACAACCCGUGAUGUGCUGUACGUUGGUGUCUUUGUCCUUGGGGCAGAUUCCACCCAUCUUAUCCUAAUGCUGAACAAAUGUUAUGCAACACCUUCCAGAGACAGCAAUGACAAGCUCAGAUACUUCAUCAUUGAAGAAGGUUGCCAGAAUAUAAAGGACAACACCAUUGGGAUUGAAGAGAAUGGAGUUUCACUGACUUGCCGCUUUCAUGUCACUGUCUUCAAGUUCAUCGGUGAUUACGAUGAGGUUCACCUCCACUGUGCUGUUUCACUUUGCGACUCAGAAAGAUACUCUUGCAAAAUAAACUGUCCUCAGAACAGCAGGAGGGCCAGUGACUAUACCAAACAGCUCAACGAGCAGAUCAUUUCUGUGGGGCCAAUCAGGAGAAAGCGUCUAGAUUGGUGUGAAGAUAAUGGAGGCUGUGAACAGAUAUGCACAAGCCAGGUGGAUGGGCCACUGUGCAGCUGUGUAACAGGGACCUUGCAGGAAGAUGGGAAGAACUGCCGAGCAACCAGCACUUCAACUGGACCUCAAGCCAGGCUGCUUCCGCUCAUUGUUACCCAGCUAUCGUUAUGGUGUAUUCUCUAUAAAUCAGUUCCAACAUAAUUAAUCCACGGCUUCUAUUUAAAGUACUGUAAUUUACUUUACCCUUUCUAAGUCCCUGUAGGAUAAGAGCAUGCAACCCUAAACCUGCGACCUGCACUGUUGUCAGUCAUCACCAUCUACGACAACACUUUGUCUGUUGCUGCACUGGAGUUGUUGGCCUGUUUUUAAUGGUCUUUACUCUAAAGAAAGCUGGAAAAAAUUAACAGGGCACCACACUCUUCUACAUGUCAGGGAUGUGACCAACAUGACGCGUAGUAAAUAGUCGAUUGUGUUACUUCCUCUUUGUAUUCAUUCUUAGAGCAAUCCCCACUCCCUUUUGCUGUUUAAAUUUUGGAGGAAACUAUUUUGUCUGCUUGAUGACUACUUGACCCUGGGAGAAAAGGAAGAUGGGUUGUAGGUAGUCAUGGAGUUGGUGUCCUGAAAUGUAUGAAUUGCUCCCUUUACACUCCAGCUUUGAAGGCUAAAUCACUGUGAUUUAGUUCAGGGUCUCACUAUGUGUUUGUGUUCUUUUUAGGCAGUUUCUGCAAGCCUUGCAUGCACAAGAGAAAUUAACUAUUGUUAAUUUCUUCAUAGAAUGACCAGCUGAAGUUCUGCAUUCACACCAGGAGGCUAAAAGGAUCAAUAGAUGGGGGAAAUCUUCAUGCAUCUUGAAAAAUGUCACCCUAGAGUGGUUGCUAUGGAAAAAGCCAUCGUUUCUGUUACAGCUACCAUAGUUGCCACUCACAAGUUCAAUUUUAUAUGAGCAAGCUUUUGUUCAUAUGAACAAGCAUUUCUGUUUUUUGAGGUCUGGGCACUCUGCUUCCUCUUCAUUUGUUUGCUCAAAUAGAUUUAAGAUGAAACAUUGGGUGACUGAUUUGUUUUCUGGCAGUGUCUUCUUUUGGAAGCCUUCUAUAAUUACACUGUAGUGCAUUCAGGCAAAAAGUUUUACUAUAGAAACAUAUCCAUCAGGGGAAGUGUCUCUUCUGCAACCUACCACCACAUUUAUCAAAAGCUCUGACACAGUGUGGACAUAUCCAUACUACAGAUUUAUCAGGCAUGCCCUCUUCCCACAGAAACCUGUGGAUUAAAAUUUAUGUGAGGGGGAAUUGUGUACGGAUCUCUAGGGGGAAAAUCUCAGCACCCCACCGAACUGCAAUUCCCAGGAUUCUUGGAGAAGUCAUGACAUUUAAAGGGGCAAGGACUGAUUACAGUUUCUAGUGUAGACAAGACCUAUGUUUCAGCCUGAGAUGCUAUCCCUUUUUAUUAUGCUCACAUUUUUCCUGAACUCAGUAAAUAGCUCACAAGGGCACUCUGGAUUGCUGCGAUGUCUCCCCGCUCCCCUUUGAUACAAACUUGGUGAACCUUCUGUCCCUUUUUAUCAUACAUUCAGCCAAAUAA